AUGGCUCUGGCUGCCGUCUCUUUGACGUUUCAGCUGUUUGCCGGAUGUGUCAAAGGUUACCAACUUCUCUCUGAGGCCGCUAAUUUGCCUGGUGAAUAUCAGUAUAUCCGCUUGCGGCUUGAAAUCGAGCAAGCGCGGCUCCUCGAUUGGGGGUUUUUUGUCGAAGUAUCUGAAGAUGAAGGAAGCUUGUCCAUUGGAAGGGCGUCCGAAAAGGUGCUUCUGGAGGUUCUGAAGCAGCAGUACGACCUCCUUCUCAAGUUUGGCCGGUACGACGAGCAGCUAGCAGCCGUUUCAAAGCCAAGUUUGGUGGAGCUAGAGGAGCAAGUGGAACAUGUCUCCGAAGAGGCCAAGGACCAUGAUCCCUCGCGCCAGAAGCACUUUUCACAUUCCCACUUCCUUAUGCGAAGAGCUCUGUCCUACAUUGAUGAUACGAGGAAGUUUCCCAGGCGCUUGCGCUGGGUCAUUUGCGACAAGGAUAAACUUGACAGGCUUUUGUGCAAGCUAGCGUUCCUGAAUGACUUUUUGAUGGAGCUGCUGGAUAGGAGGCAGCUGGGAAGAUUGCUCGAUCUGCAGACCCGGACAAACUAUGGGAUAAUGCAGCUAAGCUCCAGCAUGGGUCAGCUUUUCAGCUUAUUCCAAGCAGAGACUCUCCAGGACCCUCCAUCGCCGCUAGGAGCUGAAGACUCAUCGAAUCAUCUCAUUACUGCGUCUCAGACUCGAAGUUCUCCUGAUACUCGUGACGGUGCAGGAGUGGUGUCUUUGAGAAGCACUUUUGCAUCCCUGGCCAGGACAAAGGCCUUUAACCUUGCCGUCGAGAAUGGGCAGCUCACAGAAUCAUUUGCCAAAGGCUUGGGCUUGAGGGAUAUCGCAAGCGAUAUCGCUUCGGCCGAGCUCAGCCAGGGUCAUUUUGAACUUCACGAUCCCGGCUUGUCAGCAGACUGUGGGUUUGAGGAUCCCAGAACUGAGGCGACUUUCUACCGCGGUGGCGUACGUACAGAGCCAAAACAUGUUUGGAUAGAAUGGAGGCUGCAAAGUCGACAGCAGCCUUCCACAACAACCUCAAAUGGAUAUUAUAGGCACAGCAUGCCCGGCCCACCAAAGGGUGGGCUGGAAAUGACCACCCACAAUCGCAUGACAGCCCUUGUAGCCAUGCUUCGCCAGAGCAAAAGCUCUGAGCUCUUUCGUGCCGCCAGUUGUCUUGGCUUUUUCUACGACCGGACUGUCGUGAAAUCAUCGGAUGCGAGCCCGCGGCGGUGCGGCAUCGUGUUCGAGAAACCGAGAAACUGUAAUCCCAGCUUGCCACCUGUCUCCCUCCUGGAAUUUUUACGUCGGAAUCAACGCGGCGAUAGAACAUUGUGCACACCGAGUCUCACGCAGCGCGUGAGACUGGCUGUCGCGGUAGCUGAACACAUCGAACGUUUGCAUGCCGUCAACUGGCUACACAAAGCGCUCCGAAGCUACAAUAUCCUUUUCUUCGCGACGGAUGAGAAAGUUCGGGCUGAUGUGGACCAUCCCUGGGAUCAAUGCUAUCAUGUUUUCGACUUGGACAAACCUUUUCUGUCCGGGUUCGAUCUGGCUCGGCCAUUAGACCAGCAUGAGCUGUCAGCAGCAGGGCCGGAAAAUCCUGCUCAUGAUAUAUAUCGUCACCCCGAGAUUCAGGCCGCCUCAGCAAGCGCGUGCAUCGGCAUGUUCAGGAAGAGUUAUGAUUAUUAUAGUUUGGGGAUCGUACUGCUGGAGAUUAUUUACUGGAAGCCCAUCGAUGCGCUCCUGGAGCUGAGGCUGGAGUCGUGUCAGCUGAAAGACACCUAUCCCGUCCGGAGCCUGUUGCUUCAGCAGCGACAAAUUCUGAACAAUGUCUUGACCAACGCAGGUCAACUCAUGUAUGACGCCGUCAAGACUUGUUUAAUUGGGCGCCAGGCCUUUGGACUAAAUGAGAUGGAUGAUGAAAGCGAUCCUGUCAUAGCCGCACGGCUCCAGACCGAGUUCUAUCAUCAGGUUGUCGCAAAGCUCAAAGAAAUACGGGUUUAG